GUUUUCAUUACGGCCCAAACUUGUCUUCCCCUUCGCUAAAAUCCUGAAUACAGUCUGAAAUAUGUACAACUGCUAUACGUGUAGAGCAUAACUUAAUUGUGAGUUUUUUUUCGAAGCUAUGGUUGAAGAAAAAACGACUGGCGAAAAAGAGGAAGAUAUUGAGCUUGCGGGGAAUGGUUCUUCCGACGAUUCUGUGGAGAAUAACGAAGAAGAAGACGAAGAUGAAGAGGAACCACAGAAUGAGGAACCUCUGACGGAAGAGGAGAUAGAAGAGCUCAUUGCUGAGCUUCUAGAAGUUGAGAGCAAAGCUGCAGAAGCUCAAGAAGCUCUGGAAGAGGAAUCUCUACUCAAAGUAGAGGCUGAUGUUAGGAAGGAGUUGGCUCAAUCAAUUUCUGGUGAUGAGUUGGACAAUGCUGUUGCAGAAGAGAUGGAGACACUUAAAGAAGAGUGGGAAGUGGUGCUUGACGAGCUUGAGACUGAGAGUGCUCAUUUGCUGGAGCAACUUGAUGGUGCUGGUGUCGACCUUUCCAGUCUCUAUAAGUGGAUAGAGAAGCAGGCUCCUAAUGGUUGCUGCACUGAAGCAUGGAAAAAUAGGACUCAUUGGGUUGGAAAUCAAAUGCCUAAUGAUGCCAGUGCAUCAGUUGCACAGGCGGAAGAAUAUCUCCAGGUCCACAGGCCUGUUAGAAGACGGCAUGGAAAGAUUUUAGAGGAGGGUGCCAGUGGUUUCCUAGAAAAAAAAGUUGUGGUAAGUGAAAGCAGUGGAGCUGUAAAUGACGGUGUGAAUGUAGAUUGGGACUCUUUCAGCAAAAUGUGCUCUGGUAAGUCAUCUUUGGGAUUCGGCAGUAAGGAAUGGGCUUCUGUCUACUUGGCCAGCACUCCACAGCAGGCUGCUGAGUUGGGUCUGAAAUUCCCAGGAGUUGAUGAGGUGGAGGAGAUUGAUGACAUUGAUUGUACUUCGAGUGACCCAUUUGUUGCAGAUGCCAUAGCAAAUGAAGGUGAUCUGAAUCUUACCGAAGAACAAAUGAAAAACUUCAGAAAGGUUAAAGAGGAGGAGGACCUGAAUGCUGAUCGUAAGCUUCAAAUGCGGUUGAAACAAAGAAGACGUAGGAAGAAAAGCAAAGAGGAUACUAAUAAGGGCGAACAUUCAUCAGUUCAUGAAUCUGUUGAAAAUGAAUUUGGAGAUAAAGAAGUAAAUAAUAAUUUGGAUGAUUUCUCUGGUGGUGUUUGUGGAGAGAAAGUUUUGAGUGACAGUAAUGCCUUUUUGAGUGAUGAUCCGACUCCCCUGGAUAUAGUUGAGCCAAGGGGUGUCAAGCGUUCCAGCGAACAGAAUGAAUUGGGCGAUAAAAAUUUUUGUACAAUUACUGUACCCAGUGAUGAUGAAACUUCACUGGCAGGAAAUGGAUCGUCAAAUAUGGAAGAAGUUCCCAAGGCAGAAUUUCAAGUGGUCUCUUCUAGUUCAGAUUCUGAUACAGAUGAUUCCGAUACUAAUAUCAAUGUCAACACAAGCACUAGGAAGAGACGUAAAAAGAAAAUCCGAAGGAUCCUUGACGAUGCUGAAUUGGGGGAAGAGACUAAGAAGAAAAUUGCAAUUGAAAAGGAACGUCAGGAGCGGCUGAAAUCUUUGGAAGCACGGUUUUCAACCAAGUCUGUUGCUAUGAGGUCCGCAGUCAGCAAUCGGAGUUCAUUUGAUGGCACUGGUGUGGAAAUGCUUGGUGAUGUUUCUGCAGGGUACAUAAUUAAUGUGAUUCAAGGGAUUCGGUUUAUGUGGGAAAAUAUUAUCCAAUCCGUCCGGAAAGUGAAGUCUGGUGAUAAAGGGCUUGGUUGCAUUCUCGCCCAUACUAUGGGAUUGGGUAAAACUUUUCAGGUCAUUGCUUUUCUUUACACUGCUAUGAGAGGUGCAGACCUAGGUUUAAGAACUGCACUCAUUGUGACUCCAGUGAGUGUUCUACACAAUUGGCGACAUGAGUUUAUGAAAUGGAGACCAUCUGAGCUAAAGGCUCUUCGUAUCUUCAUGCUCGAAGAUGUUCCAAGGGAGAAAAGGGUUGCCUUACUGAUGAAGUGGAGAAUUAAAGGUGGUGUCUUCUUAAUUGGAUAUAGCGCCUUCCGGAAUUUGUCCCUAGGAAAGUAUGUUAAGGACCGAGACAUGGCUCGGGAAAUUAGUCAUUUACUUCAGGAGGGACCGGAUAUCCUAGUGUGUGAUGAGGCACACAUUAUCAAAAACACCAGGGCUGAUACAACCCAGGCUUUGAAACUAGUGAAGUGCCAGAGAAGGAUUGCACUAACUGGAUCACCUCUUCAGAACAAUCUGAUGGAAUACUAUUGUAUGGUUGAUUUUGUUAGAGAAGGAUUUCUUGGUAGCAGCCAUGAGUUUAGGAACCGUUUCCAAAAUCCAAUAGAAAAUGGUCAACAUGCCAAUUCUACUGCAGAAGAUGUGAAAAUAAUGAAUCAAAGAUCUCAUAUUCUGUACGAACAAUUAAAAGGAUUUGUUCAAAGGAUGGACAUGAAUGUGGUUAAAAAGGAUUUACCUCCCAAAACUGUGUUUGUUAUCACUGUGAAGCUAUCCCCAUUGCAGAGAAAACUCUAUAAGAGAUUUCUUGACGUUCAUGGUUUCACAAAGGACAAGAUAUCUGGUGAAAAGAUUAUUAAGAGAUCUUUUUUCGCAGGGUACCAGGCAUUAGCACAGGCAACUUACUGUUUAGACCGUAUGAUGGCAAAACUAGAUCGACUUGAAGAGUUGUUGCAACUGCUUCAUGAGAAAGAGUUGGUGCAGUUAAGAUUCGGGAUGUCUUUUGAAAUAUGGAAUCAUCCUGGAAUUUUGCAACUGAGGAAAGAAAACAAAGACUCUGCAAAAUGUGAAGAUGUAGAAGCAUAUGACAGCUCAAACGAUGAAAUUGUUGACUACAAUGUGAUCUCUGGAGCCUUUUUUCUGAAGUGUCUUAAGCAGUUUUGGGAAAGUUUUCUGCUGAUUUCCAUAGAAUUGUUAUAUCCAAAUGCCAUCUCUUCACAUUCCCAUUCCUUUAUAUUCUUGUACUUAUGGUUUCAAAUCCACUUAUUCACUGUAUUCAAUUGUACUCUACCUGUGCCGCUUGCAGAGAAGUUGAUAAAUCCACCCCGGAAAAAUGAUAAUGGAUUUCUUCGUGAGGAUUGGUGGAGGGAUCUUCUUAUUGAAGGUACUUAUAAGGAGGCCGAUCAAGGUGGAAAGAUGGUUUUGCUGCUUGAUAUCCUCAAAAUGUGCUCGAGUAUGGGUGACAAGGCAUUGGUGUUCAGUCAGAGCAUACUAACAUUGGACUUGAUUGAACGUUACCUUUCAAAAUUUCCUCGUUCGAAGAAAAAUGGAAAAUGUUGGCGAAAGGGGAAGGACUGGUACAGGUUAGAUGGCAGGACUGAAAGUUUGGAGAGACAGAAAAUUGUUGAAAAGUUCAAUGAUCCUUCAAAUAGAAGAGUCAAAUGCACUUUAAUAUCAACUAGAGCUGGAUCCUUGGGUAUUAAUCUUCAUGCAGCUAACCGAGUAAUUAUUGUCGAUGGAUCUUGGAAUCCAACGUAUGAUCUUCAGGCUAUAUAUAGGGUCUGGAGGUAUGGCCAAACGAAGCCUGUUUUUGCUUACCGGUUGCUCGCACACGCUACAAUGGAAGAAAAAAUUUAUAAACGACAGGUCACUAAGGAAGGCCUCGCAGCAAGAGUAGUUGAUAGACAGCAGGUGCACAGAACAAUGUCGAAAGAAGAGAUAUUACAUUUGUUUGAAUUUGGGGAUGAUGAAAAUGUCGACAUCAUGUCUGAGUUGGCACAAGAUAUUGGAGCUGCUUCUGAACCAAACACCAUUGGUCAUGUUGGGAACUUAUUGAAGCAGAAGACAUCACUUCCAAAUGGAAGUGCAUCUUCGGACAUUUUGAUCGAAAAUUUGAUUAGCAGACAUCAUCCCAGCUGGAUUGCAAAUUACCACGAGCAUGAGACAUUACUGCAAGAGAACGAAGAUGAAAAACUGUCGAAAGAAGAGCAGGACUUGGCCUGGGAAGUUUACCAAAAAACCCUCGAGUGGGAAGAAGUCCGGCGAACCUCACCUGACGAGAACAUACUCGAGCAUCACAACAAAAUCUCCACAGACGAGCCUCCUUCUCCAGUCGAGCAACCAGUAUUUGUUCAGAAGCAUUCUCAUCAUAUUAUUGUUAAAGAGGCUGCCCAUAAACCGGACCCCACACUCGAACGGCUCAGGCAGCGCCACGCGUACCGUUAUGGGCUGAGGCACUGCACGAACCUCUCGCACCUUAUGACUUUGAAAAGUCAGAGGAUAAAAUUGGACGGUUACGCGAUUUGUGGGGAGUGUGCUAAGGUGGUUCGUUGGGCGGACAUCAAACCCGAGUCGAGUUACAAUUUUUAUGGGAUUGAGGUUUAAUGUUUUUCAUGAGUUUGUUGGGUGUUUUGGUCUUGAAAGGUGAACUUUUCAUCCNGUGAAUAUUGAAUAUAUAGAUAUUAAGGUGGCUCGAGCAGACUGAAUUUUCUUUACUGAUAUUUAUUUGAGUUGUUUGUAAUAUGGGUCUACUGGGAAAACUGGGAGAGUUUUUUCUAAU